AUUCGUCGUACCCAGGCCACUUAACAACAUCCUCUAGCCACGGAGGUCUGUAUUAUACAGGCAGUAGAGAAACAUGUAAGGUACAGAAUGACACUACCUCUGACGGCCGGCCUACCUACCUGCUGUGUACACCUGACCAACCUGGCCUGUGAUCGUUACCAUGGAGUUACUAUAUGCCAAAUUACUCAUCGUAUUGGCCACUGGAAUGUUAACAGUUGAAGGCCAGACGGAAUAUCGUAGGGUGUGUUACUUCGCUAAUUGGGCGCAGCAUAAUGACUUUCCCUACUCUUUCUUUCCGGAGGAUAUAGACCCCAGCCUCUGUACUCAUAUUAUGUUUGCCUUCGCCGAUGUCAUUAACGGAACGGUUCGGUCUACUCAGUUUAAUGAUGAGUCUACGUCUUGGUCCACAGGACUAUAUGAACGUGUCACUGACUACAAAUACAUCUCUGACGUCACAGUUCUGUUGUCAAUUGGUGGUUUCAGCGCUGGAUCAGAAGAGUUUAGCGCUAUGGCGGCAACCGUGGACACAAGGGCGGGCUUUAUUAGUGACGUCAUUGACUUUUUGCGUGCGUAUGGUUUUGAAGGUUUGGACAUUGAUUGGGAAUACCCGGCUCAUCGAGGUAGUCCACCCGAAGACAGACAACGAUUUGUUGUGUUGGCUGAUGAAUUGCGCGAAGCCUUUGAACAGGAGUCGUCAGACACAGGGUUGCCUCGACUCUUAUUGACAUGCGCCGUUGGAGCUCCCCCUAUUAUUGCCAGAGACGCUUACGAUAUAGAGACAAUGUACAGGAUCUUUGACUUUGUUACCCUGAUGACGUACGACUUUCAUGGUGGCUGGGAGGAGAGAACAGGUCAUAACAGUCCGCUCUACCCCCGAGUCAAUGAGAUAGGCUCACAAAGGUCAUUAAACCUGCAUUCGUCGGCCACCUACUGGGUAGAGAACGGUGCGAUUCCAGAGAAAACCAACAUCGGCAUAGCGUUGUAUGGGAGGACGUUUAACUUGACUGAUCCCGGAGAGUUUGGAAUGGGAGCGCCUGUGUACGGCAGUUGGGAUCCCGCUAUCAUCGAGUACUACAAGGUAUGUGAACUAUUGGCUGAUAAUGCUGAACGGUAUUGGGACAGCGAGCAGGAAGUGCCCUACUUGGUCAAGGACAACCUCUGGGUGGGUUAUGAUGACCCCCAGAGUAUCAGUCUGAAGGUAGAGUAUGUGAAAAAUUACGGCUAUGGUGGUACUUCGGUUUGGGUGCUUCACUCCGAUGACUGGCUGGGUACAUGUGGGGAUGAACAAGGCCUUAAUCCGUUGAUGAACACCAUUCUGAUUGGCCUCGGGCAACCCCGGGACCAAUGAGUCACGUGAUGCAGUUCUCUCAUCUGUCUCUUGAUCCGUAUCCCAGUGGAAUGCCAUCUCACUCUAUAUAUUUUAUGUACAGUUUCAACUCUCCUGCUAUAGAUGGUAAAAACAGAUAACAUGUUUCUCAACUCAUUGUCACUUUCUUAAAUAUUCCUGUUAAGCAUUAUUGUUAUACCUUGUAGAUAAAGGACCUCGUACGGUAAGGCGGAGAAUCGGCCCGAGAGAGGUACGAUAAGAAAGUGCAAAUUUGAAAAUCUCAGAAGUAUAAAACUUGAUCGAAUCACCGAUAAAAGUUAUGUGGCCACGGAAGAUAUGGUUGCUUAGUAAUAACUCGCCAAAAAUACACUCAAAUGAAGCUCUGUGUCUUUAAUUUACAGUAUGAAGAUCAAGGUUUAGCAGAAAGAUAUCUUUACUGAAACUUUCAUGUGUGUAUUUCUACGAGCUGCCUAAGUUAUGUUUUGGUUAACGUUUGUUUUCAUAUGUAAAAAAUAAACUUUAUAAUGUGAUCAGUUUUGUCCUGCUUUGGCAAGUUUAAAAUUCGUAUUUCUGCCUUAGUAUGUCAAGCAUCCUUCAUAGUACAGUGAAAUAACGAAGUCAAUGGGAGAACUGGUUGCAUCAGGAGUUCGAAUCAUUGUGAGAUUUUGUCCUUUGUAAACAUAGCUUUUGUGUGAGUAAAGAUGUAGGUUGUCUUGCAUUAAAUAAGUGUUAUCUUGAAUUAGAGUGGAUAAUGGUUACGCCAUGGUAUUACGUAAUGUGUGGUAGCUAUAUAUGGCGAAAUCACGUUGAGAGCAUAUGUAGUCCUCUAGCUAAUAUUAACAUCUUAUACGUAGCAGAAGUCUAAGGCCGAACAUUUUUAUAGGCUUGUAUGUAUUUAAUUGACUUGUAAACUGCGCGCACAUUUUUUAGACAGUUACAUUUGUUGUGCAGUGAUUUUCCCCGCUCCAGAGUGUCUAAUUAAAAAAAGAUAUAUCAUUGUGACUGGAGCAGGCUACCAUUUUUCAAUUUAUGACCUAUACAUUACUUCAAUGCAUGCUUUCAAUAUAACAGGAAAAGAAAAGGAAAGCAGAACUGGAAAAAGAAAUAGCCUUACGAAUUAGUCAGCACCUGUCAAUCACAGGUAUAGUCAGUGUCGCUUCUUGAGAUGUACAGUUACUUGCACUGGAGCAGAUUCCCCGCCUUACAUACCAAGUCCUUUGUCUAAAGAAAUAUGUUCAAAUUAUGUGUUAUAAAAUAUACUGUUUCAGAAAA